GCCCCUAGUCCUUGGCGCGUAGGUCCCGGCAGCGGCGGGAGCGCAGCCAAUCGUUGGGAAGGAGGGCGUGGCUGGCUCCGCCUCCGGGAUCCCUCCGCCCGUGCUUGCUGUGCUGAGUCCGAGGAAGACGCCAUUUUGGAUGUUGAGUCCUGAUUCCGGAAUCGGUUUGUGCUGUGUUCACGCCUGGGACCGGCUAGGAGGAACAGCACAGCAUGCUGGGCUCUGGAUUUAAAGCUGAGCGCUUACGUGUCAAUUUGAGAUUAGUCAUAAAUCGUCUUAAACUAUUGGAGAAAAAAAAAACGGAACUGGCCCAGAAGGCAAGAAAGGAGAUUGCUGACUAUCUGGCCGCUGGGAAAGAUGAACGAGCUCGGAUCCGCGUGGAGCACAUUAUCCGGGAAGACUAUCUUGUGGAGGCCAUGGAGAUCCUGGAGCUGUAUUGUGACCUGCUGCUGGCUCGGUUUGGCCUCAUCCAAUCUAUGAAGGAACUAGAUUCUGGACUGGCUGAAUCUGUGUCUACACUGAUCUGGGCUGCUCCUCGACUUCAGUCAGAAGUGGCUGAGUUAAAAAUAGUUGCUGAUCAGCUCUGUGCCAAGUAUAGCAAGGAAUAUGGCAAAUUAUGUAGGACGAAUCAGAUUGGAACUGUGAAUGACAGGCUAAUGCACAAACUGAGUGUGGAAGCCCCACCCAAAAUCCUGGUGGAGAGAUAUCUGAUUGAAAUUGCUAAGAAUUACAAUGUACCCUAUGAGCCUGACUCUGUGGUCAUGGCAGAAGCUCCUCCUGGAGUAGAGACAGAUCUUAUUGAUGUUGGAUUCACAGAUGAUGUGAAGAAAGGUGGCCCUGGAAGAGGAGGAGGAGAAGGGGGCGGGUUCACAGCACCAGUUAGUGGACCUGAUGGAACAGUGCCAAUGCCCAUGCCCAUGCCCAUGCCUAUGCCAUCUCCAAACACACCUUUCUCAUAUCCACUGCCAAAGGGACCAUCGGAUUUCAAUGGAUUGCCAGUGGGGACUUUUCAGGCCUUUCCUAAUAUUCAUCCACCUCAGAUACCAGCAACUCCCCCAUCGUAUGAAUCUGUUGAUGACAAUGCUGAUAAGAAUGUCUCUUCUACACAGAUCAUGGGUCCUGGACCCAAGCCAGAAGCCUCUGCAAAGCCUCCUUCCAGACCUGUGGAUAACUACGACAACUUUGUGCUACCAGAGUUGCCAUCUGUGCCAGACACACUACCAACUGCAUCUGCUGGUGCCAGCACCUCAGCAUCUGAAGACAUUGACUUUGAUGAUCUUUCUCGAAGAUUUGAAGAGCUAAAAAAGAAAACAUAGGUUUAAGAAACAGGCAUCUUUGAAGUUCUGGGAGUUGAGACUGAGCAGUUUCUCCUUAUAACAAAGAAUCUCCAUGAAAUUCCGUUUCAUCUAUUAACUAUCACUGAGCACACUCUUCCUCUGGGCUCUCGUCCUGCUCCUCCAGAUUCUGCUGCUUUCCAGUUCUCUGUCGAUCCUAAGAGACUAACUGCUGGAGACUUUGAGGCCAGAGCAGCUAGCUCCUGGCAGCGUGCUUGUCCUUUUCAUGUCAGAGUGAUCCCAAGUUCGCUUCUGGCCCAUCCUUCCAUGAAAACAUUGUGGGGUGAGCUGCCAGAGAUGGCUGGACAGUGAAGGAGAGCACCUCGUGAAGUGUCCCACCCUCGUGUUGAGGUUCCAGACUUAGAAACAAACCCCUCUGGGGGGGUUUGUGUGAGUGAGAGUCAAGGCCAUGGUGUGUGUUUUCUCUCUCUCUGCUAUGAAUGGAAGAGAGAAUGACUCAGGAAGCCCUUGUAACGGUUCCUGGAAGCUGGGCCCUCUCAUUGGCAUAUACACUACUGCUCACUGUAGGGUACUGUUCCACCUGGAUCCAGUUGCAAAGUUUAUUUGGAAAGUUGAAGGCCUCUCUUAGUUCUACUGGAUUCUCAGGGAGCCCUCUGUGGCCUUUUGCUUUGAGUGUUGUUUCCCUUUUAUCAGAGGGCAGCACUGUGGAAAUUCCUGUUUUCCCUGUAGCCUGUUCUGUUUGAUUACAUUAUGGGCAGAGGAAGGACAGGCCACGUAUUGGGCAGAAGUUGCCAUUCAGGCCUAGGGUAGGCUUCCAGCUGCCUUAAUAGAAGUACUCAAGUCUCUUGGGUAGUGAGCUGGAAAGCCUACCGGAGAAGAGGGGUGCCUGUUUUCAUUUGAAAACUUAAUGAUUAAUGGAAUCUUUAAAACUGAUUUCAGAGACAUUUUUGAUGCCACGUGGCUGUUCACUAUUUUCCUGGAUGGAUGAGAAUCUUCUGUUGUAACUUAUGUGCUCCUUUGCCCCAUAGCUGAGGAGGCCAUCUUUCCCCUCAAGGAUGGCUUUGGGAGUGAAAGAUACAAUUUUGCUUCUGUGUAUGUAGUAUAUUUGUACAUAACCUGUUUCAAGCAACUCUUUAAUGUUUUUGAUUGGUUUGUAUCUCAUAGCUCAGUAGUUGCUAAUAAAGUUAAAGAUCCUGUGUCUUGCUUUCUCCACAAAA